GGAACUGGAGGUUUCAGUACCUUGACUCAUUAUUUUUUUACGCAUUAUUUUAGUAUCAGUCUCUUGUCUAAUUCUGAUUGUUACAAGGCCACUGUUUAUUUGCAAUUCACACUGGGGCAUAUCAAAUAUUGUAUGGUUAUGAACUGGAGUACUAUAAAUUGUGCUUUUUUUUAUCCAGCUUCAUUAAUUAUAAAGCCUGUGAACCAAUGGCGUACAUGUUUGCAUGUUUAAGUAUUCUCAGGUGUUGUUAUUCUUAUGGUAAACAACAGAGGAUCAACUGUUGUGAAAUUUAUGUUGAAUCCCGGCCAGUUUAGCUUAGCUUAUUAAAUUCUGAUAUCUGGUCAAAUAUUCUACACACAAGACACUGAUACUCUUCUUGCUUGACAGAGUGCAAGAUGGCAGCAACAUCCGCAACUACAUUUUCAGUCAGAUCAACCAUGUCCAUAGGCUCCAAAGUGAGCCCAAUUUCACAACCAAAGGCUUUUGGUGUGAGAUUCAACUCCAAGAACUGUGUCAAGAGCUUCAGUGGUCUCAAGGCAGCAACUUCCGGAAGCUGUGAAUCAGACUCAUCGUUCUUGGGCAAGGAAAGCAGUGCAGCUCUUAGAGACUCCUGCACACCAAAAGCUCAGAAACAAUACCAGAGAUCUUGGAAGAACCCUCAACCCCAGGCAUCUUACAAAGUGGCAGUUCUUGGAGCAGCUGGGGGGAUCGGUCAGCCACUAGCACUUUUGAUCAAAAUGUCCCCAUUAGUUUCAAAUCUUCGCCUUUACGAUAUAGCAAAUGUCAAGGGAGUUGCUGCUGAUCUCAGUCACUGCAACACCCCGUCUCAAGUUUUGGACUUCACAGGAGCUUCUGAGUUGGCCAAUUGUCUCAAAGGUGUUAAUGUGGUCGUCAUCCCCGCUGGAGUUCCUAGGAAACCGAUUCCUAGGAAACCGGGUAUGACCCGUGAUGACCUGUUCAACAUCAACGCCAACAUAGUGAAGACCUUGGUUGAGGCUGUUGCUGAUAACUGCCCCGAUGCCUUCAUCCACAUCAUCAGCAAUCCAGUUAACUCUACGGUUCCCAUUGCAGCCGAAGUUUUGAAGCAAAAGGGUGUUUAUGAUCCGAAGAAGCUCUUUGGUGUCACUACUCUAGAUGUUGUGAGGGCAAGCACGUUUGUCGCACAGAAGAAGAAUUUGAAGCUUAUUGAUGUUGAUGUCCCACUUGUGGGUGGACAUGCUAGAAUUACUAUUCUACCCCUUCUGUCAAAGACAAAGCCCUCUGUUAGUUUCACAGAUGAUGAAAUACACGAGCUAACUGUGAGGAUCCAAAAUGCUGGGACAGAAGUUAUGAAAGCAAAGGCCGGUGCAGGGUCUGCUACCCUGUCGAUGGCAUAUGCGGCUGCAAGAUUUGUGGAGUCCUCUUUCCAUGCUCUUGAUGGAGAUAGCGAUGUCUAUGAGUGCUGUUUCAUCGAGUCUGAUCUGACUGAACUUCCAUUCUUUGCAUCAAGGGUCAAGCUAGGAAAGAAAGGGGUUGAGGCAGUGAUUUCUUCGGACUUCCAAGGAUUGACUGAGUAUGAACAAAAGGCUCUGGAAGCCCUCAAGCCGGAACUAAAGUCCAGCAUUGAGAAGGGUAUCGGGUUUGCACAGAAGCAAAUGGUGGCUGGAUAAUAGUUGAAUAGCUGAAACCACCCC